AUGUACAACGGAAUCGGCCUCACCACUCCUCGUGGAAGCGGUACAAACGGUUAUGUUCAGCGCAACCUCUCUGCGCUGCGCGUGCACCAGACUCCAGCAGACAGAGCUGCGGCAUGGGAUAUAGCUCCACCAAAACACAGAGAGCCGGAUGCAGCCAUCCUGGAACACGAGAGGAAACGUAAAGUGGAGGUAAAAUGUCUGGAGCUGCAGCUCAAACUCGAAGAUGAUGGUUUGGACGAAGCGGAUAUCUUAGUGCAGGUCCAAGAGUUGCGUGAAAAACUCAACGAAGAUCUGGCUUCACUUUCCACCACAGUUAAAAACUUGAAGCCUUCCGAUACGCAUGCUAUUGCUGCUGCGAAGAGGACUGAACUUGACAGGAUGGCACGCGCGCUCGGUACAAAAAGAGACUAUGUAGAAGGAGACGCCUUCGACCGUGAAAAACAGGAAGAAAACAAGUUAAGGCGGUUGGCUGAGCGGGAGGAGCGGGAGAAGAAGCGAGAGGAA